AAUGAUGAUGUUCCGUUUAAUGACGAUGAUCUGGAAGGAGAUUUCGAUCCGAACGCUCACGAUAAACGAAUGCAAAUGGUCUUUAAUAAUGAUUAUUAUUGUGAAGAUGAGGAGAAGCCUGUGUUUUCAGACAUGGAUGAUGAAUUGGAAAUUGAUCAACCAUUUGAGCCUAUAGAUUAUGCGUCUGGAGAAUUGAACGAGAACUACGACGACGAAGAAGCCGAAGCUCCCCAUUGUGAAGAUGCUAAUUUCAAUAUGGAUUGCGAUUAUCAGCAGAAAACGGCGGAAGAAGAGAUUAAGGAGAAUAUGAAGAAGCAGAAGUGGCGUAGAAAGAGGUCGCACGUGAGCAAAGCUUUAAUGAAAGAAAAACCCACUUUCGAUCCAGAAGAUCAAGAAUACGAAGAAUAUUUCAAUGAAUAUUACAAGUUGGACUGCGAAGAUUUCAUCGGCGAUAUGCCUUGCAGAUUCAAGUACAGAGAAGUAGUUCCAAACACAUUCGGAUUAACGAUCGAUGAAAUAUUAAAAGCUGAUGAUAAAGAGUUGAAUAAAUGGUGUACAAUAAAAAGAACAGUCGGUUAUCGACCUGAAGAGCAAGAGAAGAACGAUCAUUUCGCUUUUAUGCGCAGAGCACAGAACGAGGCUCUGAAGAGGAAAGUUUUGCCUAGUUUAUUCAAAGAAGAAAGCGAAGAGCACAAAGUUAGCAAAAAGAAAAGGAGUAAGGGUAAAAAAGCUACCGAUGAAGUGGUAGAAGAAUUACCGGAAGUUGAAGAGAGUCCGAAGAAAACAGAUGGAAGAAAAUGCAACUGGUGUAGUUAGUAAAAAGAAAAAGAAGAAAAAGCAAAAUGUAGAAGAGAAUCAAGCGGAAGUCUUUGAAUCAACAGAAAAGGUUAACACGAAGAGGAAAAUUAGUGAAACUGAAGAAAUCGAUGUUCCUAAGAAGAAAGAGAAGAAGUCAAAGAAAACUGUAAACGAUGAGAGUGCCGCUGCUGCAGUACCUGUAUCUGCAGAUGCAAAGAAAGUCGAUAGCAAAAAGAAGAAAGAGAAGGAAAAGUGGAAGCAAUUCUCGAACAAGAUUAAGAAACCCAACAAGAAAGAGACUGACAUUGACAUUUCUGAUGAGAGAUUGAAAGCGUACGGAUUUAAUCCGAAGAAAUUUAAAAAUAAAGUUAAAUAUGGUCAUGGUAUAUUUUAAAAUAGUAUAUCUAGUGCCUUCUUUGAAUUGUAAAUGUUAGUUAAAAUAUAAAUUGAUUUUAAUAAUAGUACUUAUCUUUAACUGACAAGUCUUAAUGUGUACAUGUGUAUUCUAAUCAUCUAUUAAAGCAGUGGUUUCCGAA